GAAAGAAAAAAAGAAAGAAGGAAGGAAGAGAAAGGAAAGAGAGAUCACCAGUCCUGUUCCAUCCAUUCAACUGAUGGAAUGUCCAGGGUUCCAAGGACACAGCCCAGGCUUGGUGGGGGUACGUUUUUAUAGAUAGGUUUCCCUGCCCUGAAGACAGAUUCCUUGCUUUCUAUACAAAUUAGUUCUCAUGCAGUCUGUUCUUUCACACCCUUCUGGAAAUGGGUUGGGGGGAGUUGGGCAUCUUGGAUGGUCUCGUCCCCCCCCCACCAGAUUGACCUUUGGUUGACAGUAUGUGCCUGCUUCUGUGCUGAUGCUGUCUUAUUUUUUUAGUUGUGUCUCUAUGGACUAGAACAAGGAUGUUUGUCCCAGAAAAGUGCUGCCCUACCUCUGCAUGGCCCCUUUAUCCGGUCACAUCUUGUUCUUCCUUGUGGCAUGUUAGUUCCAACAGUCCUUCGUUGGCUCCAUGGCCAUCCUGCUGUUGGUGUUUGAGAUUUACACAUGGUCCCCUUUUCUUCUGGGCUUCUACACCACCCUAUGGCUCAAACAUCAAUAGGGUCCUUGAAAAGGUGAUCCCUUGAAAAGGGAAAAGAAGGGAAAGAGAGGUAGAGGGAGGGGCAAAUGCAUUCUGUAAAUUAUCUCUAAGCUUUGGGAUAAUCUCUCCAUAAUUUUCCACACCUUAACGUACAAUCCAGUUACCAAAAUGAAAAGCAGAAAGGUUAAUACUAAAAGAACAAUCACAGUGCCACAUUUUGUUAAAAAUUCACAUUGCUGUUGGCGACCAUCCAAAUGAAAUGUCACACCAGAGGUGUUCCCCAUCUUUCUUCACCCAUUCCAUCACCCAGUGGACUUUUUCCACAUCUUAGUGAACAGUAAUCAAAGUCUUUUGUUCGUUGUCUUGUGCUUGCUUCAACAGUCAUCUCAGGUCCUCAUGUUGUAGCACCUUUUUUACCAGUGUGAGGUUUAUACCAGUGGGAAUGGGUUUUAAAGCUAAGAUCGAGGUGUAGUUAGAUUUCAGCAACUGGUAGGAGUUAAUCAGAGCUGAAUAAUUGAAAUCCUACCCCUUGAUUUGAACAAAUUUACAAAUGUUAGAGUGAUUUUUUUGUUAUUACUACCUGAUUAUCUGCAAUUACGUGGUCAUAAGGUGUUCCUAAGCAAACACAUCUCCUGCCUGCAUGCACAUGCAUGUUUUCUGAGUUGUAAUCUGAUCAAAUUUCAAAAUGGUAUAUUUUGCUCAGUAUCAAGACAAGUGUCUUGAGCCCUUAGUUUAUUUUCCUGACAGAUAAAACCUUGUUGUUCCUGCACAAUGCAUGCAUCGACUUCUGUAGUUUGCCAUUUUGUCCCUUCUUUCUAGGCUCAUACCCUAUGUUCUGUGGGGUACAGUACAGUUCCAUUAUAAAUUAAUCCUAAAGCAUGAUGGGAUAUAUUUUUUAAACUUUAACAUUAAGCACUGUUAACACAAAGGCAGUGACUGUAUAAUUUUUGAGGUUAUAGGUAAAGUUGACUAAAUGCCACCAGGACAGGAAGUUUCUUUUAAACUAUUUUCCCAAAUUUCCUUCCUAAUCUCAGUGGGCAAGUUACUGCCUUCACCUUCCCAUAUGAUAGCAGCUGUCAUAUAUUGCAUGCACAAUUGGGCUUGAAUACAACCAAGAGCCAAAGAGACAUUGUCUUGGAGUGUUUCAAUGGUGUUAGCAAUUAAUUGUUGAUCAGAACCAACUGGAAUCUGAAUGUAUGGGCCAUUAUUUUGUAUGCAUUCAUAGGAUUCCACUUGCUGGAUUUCAGUGUCACCUGGUUUAUGGCCAGAAUUCUCUUGCAAGUCAGCCACUGAAUCAGAUCUAAUGGAGUAAUUUUUUGUGUGUGAUUUUCUGCUCCACCCUGAGGUCUAGUAGAUUCAGGGGGGGUUGAAGGAGAUAAAGAAUCAUCUUUCCCUGGUUCCCUGUCAUUGGGAUCACCCUAUAUGUUUACAUCCCUUGUAAGUCUGAUGUACUUUUCCUGGAACUUUGAUAUCUCAGUCGCGGUAUAUAGCUCCAUUUUGGUAGCAGUUUGCUGACCCUGACCAUCAUCUGUGGUUUCAGUUUUAAUUAAGGGUCAUAAUGUUAAUUCCUCAUCAUCAGAUGACAAAUGCUACGUCUCACUUCUUGUCAGGGUAAUAAAUGCAUUUACUGUCUUCCAACUCCUUCAUUGGAUAUAAAAAGUCAGAGUUGUGCGAUCAUAUUUUUCAGAUGGCACAGAUUCUAAAUCCUGCACUGGUGCCCCCUUUCCCACAGUUCCUGCUGACCUGGCCUGGGCCAGGCACCACUUCCCUUCUGCUUCUCCUCGAUCUCCUGCAGCAGGAGCAGCACCCGCUCCACCGUGCCAGGUCCCAGCACUGUACAGCCUGGAUCACAUCACCCAGGAUGGAGAAGUUCAGUGUACUCAGCACCUUCCUAAAAGAGGCCAGGAGGGCAAGGAGGGAGGCACUCCUCUGCCUGCAGCACCCUCGGCCAGGUUCCAGCCAGUCUGGUCCACAGCCAGGACAAGCAGGGGCAACACAGUGCUCACAGGGCAGGGAGGGAGGGAGGCAGAGCCCACCCCAAAACUGCCCCACACCCUGGCUGCUGGCCUUUUGAACCUGCUUCCCAUCCUCCAUGCUCCUUAGCCGAGCCAGCUUUCGUUAACCAUUACCGCUUGGGCGGGGUGGGAGGGUGGAGGUGCCAAGGCUCCUGGGGACCAGAGGCCUCAGAAUCUUGAUAGGUACAGCUGCAGCAGGAAUAGGGUGGCAGAGGUGUCUCUGCAGCUGUAGAACCCUGUGGCACCUAUUAAAGGGGCUGAAGCUGGGGGAGAAACACAGACAAGUGGGAGGAGAGGUGAUGGUGGGCUCUGUUCCUUACCCCUCACGGCUUGGGCUUAGUGCAUGGCUGGCACCACAGAUGUCAAGGUGGCAUCCUGCUGGGGAAUGGGCCAUGCCCCUGGCUCUGGCACUGGCAUUGGCAACACCUCUGCCACAUGUGAUCCAGGCUAAACUUUGCCUGGUGGGGCACUGCCCUGGGCACAGUGCUGCCACGGGAUCCAGCUAGUCCCAAGGUUGUGGAGGCUGCCAGCAGGGAGGACAGCCAGCACAGUGAGGAUCCACCACCAGCCAUGGAGCAGGAAAGUGUCAGGGAGGAGCUGGGCAGCCUCCACGGUAUCCCCCUCUACAAGAUGUUCAUUGAGGGCUGGCCACAGGUGAAGGAUUUCCAAGCCCAUCCAGAUGACCUGCUCAUCUCCACCUACCCCAAAUCAGGCACAACGUGGCUGAGCGAGAUCAUGGACAUGAUCUACCAAGAUGGCGAUGUGGAGAAAUGCCGACGGGAUGCCAUCUACAACCAUGUGCCCUUCCUGGAAAUGAAGGACCCUGGGAUACCGAGUGGCGUUGAGCAGCUGGAGAACACCCUAUCCCCAUGGCUCGUAAUGACCCAUCUCCCAGUCCAGCUCCUCCCACAGUCCUUCUGGGAGAAGGACUGCAAGACUAUCUACAUGGCCUGCAACCCCAAGAAUGUUAUCAUCUCCUCCUACUACUUCUACCAGAUGGCCAAGUUACACCCUGACGCUGGCACACUGGCUGAGUUCCUGGAGACCUUCCUGGCUGGCAAAGUGGCCUACAGGUCCUGGUAUGACCAUGUGCGGGGCUGGUGGGAGAAAAGGAAGGAGAAGAAGAUCCUGUAGCUCUUCUAUGAGGACAUGAAAAAGGACCCACAUCAGAAAGUGAAGAAGAUCCUGCAGUUCCUGGGCAAGGAGGUGGUGGAGGGAACAGUGGAGAGGAUCCUUCACAACACUACCUUCCAGGCGAUGAAGAAGAACCCUGCUGCCAACUAUGAGACCAUGCCCACUGCCCUGAUGGACCACAACCUCUCCCCCUUCCUCCAUAAAGGGAUCUUUGGAGACUGGAAGAACCACUUCACUGUGGCCCAGAAUGAGCACUUCGACCGGCACUACCAUGGCAGGCUCCAACCUCCACUUCCAGAUGGAGAUGUGAGGGGCUCAUCCCCCUUUCCAGGAGGACUCUGCUUCUCCUUGCUCCCCCAGUGUGGAGAGUGGGUCCAGGUGGAGCAUCCUUGCACUGAUUUACUUUUCCCCUUGCAAGCACGGCACAGCUCAUCGCAGGCAUCUGGGUACAGUCCCUACCCCCGCUCGCCCCUUCCCUGCCCUCCUGCUGCCCCAGCACUGUCCCCCCGCCUCCCUGAGCCUCCAUCUUCCACGAAGGGAAGGGAAAACAGCAAAUCCCGCCCCGUAAGCGGCGGGCGAAGCUUUGCCUCCUCCCUGCCAGAGGACCCGGAGAAGAGAAGAAUGGCCAAUCCAGACUCCUAUCUGCGUCAGCCCUGGCGCACAGUGCAUGGCAUUCCCAUGGUCAACGCCUUCGCCCUCAACUGGGAGCGGAUUGACAGCUUCCAGAGUCGCCCUGAGGACAUUGUGGUGGUCAGCUUCCCCAAGUCUGGCACCACCUGGGUCAGCGAGAUUGUGGAUGUGGUCCUGAAAGAUGGUGACCCCAAAAAAUGCAAGGAGGAUAACAUCAUCAACCGGGUGCCCAUGAUGGAGUUUGCUGCCCCUGGGAAGAUGCCAGCAGGCACGGACCAGCUGGAGGUUAUGGCAUCCCCUCGCAUCAUCAAGACCCACAUCCCAGCUCACAUCUUGCCCAAAACCUUCUGGGAAAACCGCUGCAAGAUGAUCUAUGUGGGGCGCAAUGCCAAGGAUGUGGCCGUUUCCUACUACCACUUUGACCUUAUGAACAAGUUCCACCCUCAUCCCGGGACAUGGGCCCAGUACCUGGAGGAGUUCAUGGCCGGCAGAGUGGCAUAUGGCUCCUGGUACAACCAUGUCAAGGGCUACUGGGAGCGGAGGAAGGAUCACCCCAUUCUCUACCUCUUCUAUGAGGACUUGAAGGAGGACCUCCGCCGGGAGAUUGUCAAGGUGGCCCAGUUCCUGGGGAAGAAGCUGUCGGAGGCGGCACUGGAUGCCGUCACCCGACACACUUCCUUCGAGGCCAUGCGGGACAACCCCACCACCAACUACAGCAAGCUGCCCUCUGACAUCAUGGACCACAGUGUGUCCCCCUUCAUGCGCAAAGGCACCACCGGAGACUGGAAGAACCACUUCACCGUGGCCCAGAACGAGCGCUUUGACCAGGACUAUGCGCAGAAGAUGUCGGGCACCGACCUGCGCUUCCGCACUGAGAUCUGAGGAGAC